GGGAAAGAGCCCCGCAGGGUGCCCCAGGCGGGCUCUGAAACCGCAGCGCCUUUGCUGCCGGGGGAGGUAACAAAAUCUCCCCGACGGGAACAGGUACAAAGCCCGUUUUGUCAGAGGCGUGAAAUAAACCCGUGACUCUGCACGGAGCCACCCGACACAGCCCGAGGGUCAGCCCUCUGAUCCAGCUGUGGCCUUGGCAGGAAUGUCUGGUGACAGCCCAAAUUCCAUCCCUGUCUGGGAGAUGCAGAUCACCAUUUCAAAACUUCUGCAGAGGAAUGCUUUCCUGACAUGUGCUUUGGAAAAUGUUAUGUUUCCAGAAAGGAGCUCAAAGAAUGGAUGAAGACUUUAAAGCACAGGCACUUGAAUGUACUCUUCCAAGUCCAUCAGAGACUUUACUUUCCAUUCGACUGCUAGACUUUAAAACAAGUUUGUUGGAGGCAAUAGAAGAGCUGCGUAUAAGAAGGGAAACAGAAAAUAAUUAUGAAGACCAAACAAACAAAAUUGUUAUUGAGAAACAGGAACUUGAAUGGCAGAAGGAAACUCUGCAGCAUCAGGCCGACACGCUGCAACAACAAAACAAAGAAGCUAUGGCAGCUUUUAAAAAACAGUUACAGGCAAGGAUGUUUGCCAUGGAAGAAGAAAAGGGAAAAUACCAACUUGCUGUAGAAACAAAAGAAAAAGAAAUUGAUGGACUGAAAGAAACUUUAAAAGCCUUACAGAUUUCAAAAUACACUUUACAAAAGAAACUGAAUGAAAUGGAUCAAAAAUUGCAGAUGCACUUAACAGCAAAAGAAGAGCAUCAUAAGAAACUGAAUGAAGUUGAGAGGUGUUAUGCUACUAUUGCGUCUCGUUUUGGGAUUGUAAAAGGAGUUCAUGGCAAGCUAGAGCACAGUGUGCAGGAAGCCAUACAGCACAAUAAGAAACUAGCAUCAGUGAAUAAAAGACAAGAGACUGAAAUAAGCAAUCUGAAGGAAGAACUGAAGAAAGUAACUACAGACUUGAUAAGGUCCAAGGUCACUUCUCAGUAUAGGGUGGGAGAAGAAAACAUCAAUCUUGCAGUGAAGGAAAAACAGUUUCAAGAACUGCAGCAGAAAAUCAGAAUGGAGACAGCAGUCAGUAAAAAAGUUCAAGAAGAAAACACUCACAUUAAAGAAGAAAAGCUGGAAAUUCUCAGCUCUCUACAGUGUGUGCAGGAGCUGCUUCAGCGAAUAACCCAAACGAAUGUUCGAAUGGAAAGUGAAUUAAAAGCACUGAAAGAAGACUAUCAGGCCCUUGAAAGAGAUAAUGAGCUGCAAAGGGAGAAGGCAAAGGAAAAUGAAGAAAAGUUCCUUAAUCUUCAGAAUGAGCAUGAGAAGGCACUAAGAACUUGGAAAAAUGAUGAGGAAAACAUGAGAAGAGAAAUACAUACUAUUAAAAAUGAGCUGAAUUCCCUUAAAGGACUUCAUAGACAUCUUGAAGAUUAUCAUCCUCCAGGAAAUCAGCAUUCUGAGCAAGUGGAAAAUCUGCAGGUAAGUGUCUUUACUAGCUGCAGUGUUCAAGAACACUCAAAAGACAGUGAAAUACAGGCUAUUCAGAAGGACCAUGAGUUUAUGCAGUCUGUAAUAAGAAAAUACGGUAAUUGUGGAAAUGAAGAAGAAACUGAAGUAAAAAACACAAAGGACCAGUCUUCAAGCAUUGGGGAAUUAAAGAUAGAGCAAAGGUCACAAGUUCUUGAGAACAGUUUUAAGGAUGAAAUUAAUGUUGCUAGCCCUUGUGAAGUAAAGCAAAGGGAGGCUUCUCUCAGGAACACCCUCUGCACAGAUACUGAUUUAAUUACCCAAGGACACACCUGGGAGAUGCAUGUCCCUGGAUGCAGAGAGGCAGAAGGAACAGCACACAGAACAUUACCAGAUGAAAACAAUGCAGAUUCAGAUCAAAAGCUACAGGACAGCACUGAGCCCUUGGCAGCUCACCACACACGAACAAGGAAGGACUCUUUGGGCAGUGCUGAGGCUGUGGGUGCUGACCAGAUUAACAGAAGUCUGGAGAAUGACAGCAGCAAGGAAGGACUGUGCACUACUGCAGGUGAAUCAACUUGUGCCAAGGCAGAUGCAAACUCAGACACCAGACAGCACAACAAAAGUGUCCUUACACCUGAAGCACCCAAACCUGAGUCUGAAGCUGUUCUUUGCACUGAGAGGAGUGCUCUGCAUGACAGAAGUACAGACAACCACCAAGCUAAGGAGUUAAGUUUUAGCAUCCUACCUUAUACUAAUUCUCAAGCAGAAUACCAAAAAUGCAGCUUGCUGAAUGGUGACAAUUCUGUAGGCAGUGGAUUACACAAAACAGAAAAAAACUUCAAUCUGAGUGGUUUACAUAGAGAUAAACUUCCUUUGGACCAGACACACAUAGAUGCUGAAGGCAGAAAUGAUGACAAUGCCAGAAACAUGAACAGCACUGGUGUUCUGGCAACUGAUGCUCAACAUCCACCAGCUGUUUGUUGUGAUAACACAAGUGCUGAUGAUGCUGCUGCAAAAGAAUGCAGAGAUAAUAAGUCUCUCUUAGGUACUUUUAAUUUAUGCCCCCCAAAAACUGAGAGAGGAGUAAAUGAAGAGAACAUGCACAGCAAUCAACCUGAACAAAGCAGUGCUAAACAAACAGGGAAUGCUACAAACACAUGGACUUCCAGUGCUGAAGCCAAAUCUGCAGUAAAGGCUGAUGGUCUCGAAAUUGCUUACAAAAACCCCCCAGCAGAUAGGGCAUGUCCAGAUAAACUAAUUCCACAUAAAAAUGUUAACAAUGGUACUCAGAUACACGCCAUCAAAACUGGACAUUCCCUGGAGAUUAGUGCUUCAACAAAUAAAACAUUGUCUAAAGAGCAAAAAGAGUCACUGAGUGGAACAGUUCCAGGAAUGAAGCUUGCUGAGAGUCACCUGAAAGAACCAUGCUCUUUACCCAUGAGAAUAUCUGGAAAUUCAGUAAACAUAAGUGUAAGGUCAUCCUUUGAUCUUCCAACCUCAGAUAAAAAAGCUGAGAAAAUUCCACUAUACUUGAAUUUUUUAGCUCUCAGUUCUUGUUCAAGAGUAAAUCAAAUGAGAGGUCAAGCUACAUGGACUUCAGCUUCCAAGGAGCCUUCCCUUUUGAAAGACAAACCAGCAUGCUUAGUGGAAAACACAAAUAUUGUUUCAAACACACAGAGUCAAGAUCCCAGUGAAAAUGAGGACAGUGGAGAAACGGGACAAGGUUGUAGCAGUUUGAACAGAGCUGCCAACACUCUGAAUGCCUCCAGUAUCCACCGAGAGCCCCAGGGAGAGCCUAGUGAAGAAUGGAAUGCUACAGCAAAGGCUUUUUAUGAUUCUUCUUUUCCCACAGAACAUGUUAAAGAAGGAUUUGCUGCUUUACAGAACAAGCAGUCUUCUCACAUGACUGUCACUCCAGCAAGAAGUGACAAAACACUCAAAGAUGAGGACAGCUGCUCUCUUAGGAACUCCAUUGUACAAAACCAAAUAGAAGGAAUUGAGAAAUUACUGAAUUUGGAGAGACUUCAUUCAGCAAGAAAGAGAAAAUAUGAAGAAGGCCAGUGAAGAUGAGUACCAGGAGAUAAGCAUGCUUUUAGGCACUGACAGAUGACUUCCCUAACCCAGAUUUGUAGAGGUAUUCAUUCCUACAGAAUACAGUAUAUAUGUGUAGUUUCAUGUUUAUAUAACAUGUUAGCAGUUCUUACGUUUUAAAAUGUAUACAAUUGUUGCUCCUAAUGUUAGUUCUGGUUCUGCAAUUAAAUUCAAGUUAUUUUUGGCUUUGUCCAAAGUUAAAAAAGUUCAUAAGUUAAUGUUUUUAUGUAUGUUUAGUAAAAUUAAAUAAUUACUUAA